AAAUUUUAUUAAAAAUAGUUUAAAUUUGCCCACAUUUCUACAUCCUUGGGCUUGUUGAAUUCCUGGUUCCGUCCCAUGAAUUCAAAGUCAGAUUACACCGUAAUGUUCUCUUCACACUUGCUCAAUCUCAUCGACCUUGUGACCACCUCUUAGUUACAAUAUCUGCGUCUCUUUAUCAGCAGGCAACUCCCCAACAAACCUGGGGAGAUUAAUGAUUAUUUUAUCUUUAUUAUAAAAGGUCUAUCUCUCGGCAGCUGCCACAGAUUCUCACAGUGGCUGCAGCUGGAACUCUUAACAACUGGUUCAAAGAGCUUGCCGUAAUGUCAGACGGAUACAUGUGGUUUGAAGGGGUACCUUUCCCUGUCGUGGGUUACACACUGGAGCACCUGAAAGCAAUGCACAAUUUUGUGUUUAAGGACGAAGAUGUCUUAAUAUUGUCUUUCCCCAAAUCAGGAACAAACUGGUUGAUUGAAAUUCUCUGCCUGAUUCAUUCCAAGGGGGAUCCCACGUGGAUCCAAUCUGUGCCCAUUUGGGAACGCUCUCCCUGGGUAGAGACUAUGAAUGGAUACGAAGCCCUGAAGGGCAGGGAGGGCCCAGGCCACGUCUCCUCCCACCUCCCCAUCCAACUCUUCCCCAAGUCUCUCUUCCAGUCCAAGACCAAGGUGAUUUAUCUCAUCAGAAAUCCAAGAGAUACUCUCGCGUCUGGUUACUUUUUCUGGAGUAUCUCCAAUUUUGUUAAGAAACCGGAGUCACUAGAACAAUAUUUCGUGGGUUCACCCAAGGAGAUGGAGGCCCUGGUAACUGGGGGCAGAGCCUGCUCUGCACGAGCCCUGCUCACAGAAGUGGCAUUUGGGUCGUGGUUGGAACACGUCUGCGGCUGGAUGUCCAUGAGAGGGAAAGAGAACUUCUUGAUAGUGAGUUAUGAAGAGCUGAAGCAGGACACAAGAAACAUGAUACAGAAGAUCUGCCAGUUCCUGGGCAGGACGUUAGAACCAGAGGAAAUGCACUUAGUCCUCAAGAAUAGCUCCUUCCAGGUCAUGAAGGAAAACAAGAUGUCCAAUUACUCACUGCUGCCCAACUGGCUUUUAGAUGAGAAGAAUGGCUCACUUAUGCGAAGAGGCACUACUGGGGACUGGAAAAACCACUUCACCGUGGCCCAAGCUGAAGUCUUUGACAAAAUAUUCCAGGAGAAGAUGGCAGGCCUUCCUCGAGAGCUGUUCCCAUGGGAAGGAUGUUAAAAGACUUCUAUGUCUCCUAAAGAUAAAUAUCUGUUCUCCUGCUGUGAAUGGCCAGCCAUGAUUGCAUAAAAGCUGUUAUU